AUAUUUAGUAAGGACGUAGACGAUCACUGGUUAAUUUUGUUUUGUCUGCUCACUCACUGACAUGGCUUUUCAUCUCAUCUUUCUUCUUAUCCUCAUUAGACUCACAGGAAUUCACAGUGUAACUACAGUCAGUCAAGUAUCAGUGAAAGUUGGAGAGUCGAUCACUAUCCCAUGUCUCUAUGACUCACAAUACAAAAACCAGGUGAAAUACUUGUGUAAAGGAUAUUAUUGGUCCUCCUGCUCAUAUGCAGUUCAAACAAACCAACCACAGAAUCCAGGAAAGUUUUCAAUCUCUGAUGACAAAAACCAAAGAAUCUUCACUGUGACUAUAAAAGAUCUGACGGAUAAGGAUGCUGAUUACUGGUGUGCUGUGGAGAUUAUUGGGGGGGCAGAUAUCAGAGAGUAUUUUCACCUGUCAGUCACCAGAGGUACGCCCAGUCUCUAUGUGGAUUAUCAGAAGAUUACAGGAUUUAAAGGAGAAAAUAUAACCAUCAGUUGUAACUACAGUAACUCUGGAGAAGGAAAGUGGUGUAGGCUGGGCAGCUCCUGUGUGACAGAUCAGUCUGGAUCAAUAGAUGGAACAAGAGUGACCAUCAAUGCGAGCGUCCACAAUGUUUUUACUGUAACUAUGAGUGAACUGAAGACAGAGAGCAGCGGCUGGUAUUUGUGUGUCAAGGGAGAUUUACAGAUGCCGGUGCAUUUAACUGUUACUGAGCAACCUACCACUAACCAAACACCAACCACAGUUCAGGGUGAACGGUACAGUCGUCCAGUUGACCUAAAGAGCCUCAUCAUCCCUUUGAGUGUGUUGAUCUUCAUUGUAAUUGUGACCUUGUUCAUCUGGUUUAUGUUAAAAAGACAUAAGCAAACCAAAGCAGAAUCAUCAGCCACAACAACGGUUGAAGAGGAAGUAACAUACAGUACUGUUAAGCACAUGAGAAAAACUUCAAGCAAGAGGUCAGAUGCUAAGAGUGAUGAGGACAUGACAUACAGCUCUGUGGUUUUUGCAGAACAGCAAAAUGGGUAAAAAAGCAAAAGGGUAUAUUUUAAGAGAUCCAAGCCCAGCCUCACACCAUUUCUUACAUACCUUAUGAAGCUUUUUUCACACAUUUUUUUAACCACGUUAGCAGCGUGGCUACAUGGCACUGUAAUUCUGUCUGUCAGUCAGUCCACCACAUUGGUCCAGUCUGAAAUAUCACAACAGCUAUUGGAUGGAUUAUUAUAAAAUUUGGUACAGACAUUCCUGGUGUCCAGAGGAUGUAUCCAAACAACUUUGGUGAUCCACUUUUCAUCUACUGCCAUCAUCAGGUCAAAAUUUUAAUUUGUUGUUUAUGACCAAAUGCCUGCAAAACUAAUGACAUUCCCAUCAGCCUCAGCUUUGCUUUGUGUUUAUUUCUCAUUAGCUGUUAGCAUGUUUACACGCUAAAUUAAGACGUUGAACAUGGUAAACAUACCUGCUAAACAUCAGUAUGUUAGCAUUGUCAUUGUGGACAUGUUAGCGUGCUAAAGUUAACAUUUAGCUCAAAGCACCACUGUGCCUAAGUGCAGGCUCACGGAGCUGCUAGUAUGGCUGCAGACUCUGUUUUGUCUUCGAUCUUUCUUCCUAAUUGUCAUUUUGUCUUCUGUUUUCCAACAAGUUAAUGCAAAAACUGAAGAUGUAACAUAGAAUAGGUUGGCUCAGCAGUGUUGUAAUGUGUACCUCCAUCUUUGCAUUUGUCCAUCUUGGUUCUUCAACAACCAUGUGAAAGAUGUUCUGUAAGAGACAAGAAUUUGUCAUAAUUAUCUUUAAAUACAUUCUGAAAUAGUACAUGACACAGCUGAAUAUGGCACAAUUUGAAAACAUAAUUCUUACAUGAUGUGCUACAUUCACACUUGCUUUGGGCAAAACUUUUCCACAAACAGGAUUGUUUCAGAAAGAUAAGAUAAUAGAUAAUCCACUGCAAUCACAAGAGAUAUUGACACAGCACUGAGAAAAUAAAGAGUAAAGGCCAUUGCCUUCGCAAAUAGACUAUGACCUUGCUAUUCUGGAAAGCAUUACUUAAAACAGUUCAGUGUCUGUAACUGAUAUACUGUAAUUAACUACAAAACUACACAUUCAUGGCAACACUACAGGUGGCAUUUAACCAGUGGGUAGAUUUGUUGUUGUUUGGUUUUUCAGUAACUUUUUCCUUUUCAUUUUGAGGUUUUACACCAUCUCUCUAUUUUUUAUCCUCCUCUGUAUAGCUGCAUUUCAAGCAAGUACUGAUCUGGGCCUUGUUUCCCAAAAGCAACUUAAAGCUAAGAUGAUCGUAAAAUCCAUCUUAUGAACCUUCUUGAGCCUAACAGGUGUUUCCCAAAAGCAUCGACAAAAGCAUUCUGCACUCUCAGAAAUGAUUGUAGAUUAACGAGUGCCUCCUACCCACUCGUAGGAGCCUAAGAGCAUCUUAAGAAGCUCCAUAACCUGCAGGAGGAACCAAAAACUACAUGUUUUAUUUAAGUUUUAAUUGUUUUUGUUCAUUUUUUAUUCUAUACUUUUAUCAUGAACACUCAUUUUCUCUGUUAAGUGACGUUUGAUGUAAAAUGAAUGAUAAUGUUUAAAUGACAAAGUAAGAAAAUAAAAUUAAACCAACACAAAUAA